AUGGCUCCGGCGUCGCUGGACAUGAACUCGGCUGGGCUAAGGGCGCGCGGCGGGGGCGGCGCGGGACCGAGUCCACUGACUUUCAGCGUCGAGUCUCUGCUGGAGGCGGAGCGCGGGUUGGGUUCCAAGACCCAGGAGCCCGGGGAGGAGAGGCCCCAGGGCGCCGCGGAGCCCGGAGCCUGGCUCCCGCCGGUCGCUCGCGCGUGUCCCCCACGUGCCCCCAGCCCUCCAUCCUGCACCCUCCGAAAACACAAGAACAACCGCAAGCCGCGGACGCCCUUCACCACGACGCAGCUGCUGGCGCUGGAGCGCAAGUUCCACCAGAAGCAGUACUUGUCCAUUGCCGAGCGCGCCGAGUUCUCCAGCAGCCUGAGCCUCACCGAGACGCAGGUCAAGAUCUGGUUUCAGAACCGUCGGGCCAAGGCCAAGCGACUGCAGGAGGCCGAGCUGGAGAAGCUGAAGCUGGCGGCCAAGCCACUGCUGCCCUCGUUCGCCCUGCCCUUCCCCCUGGGCGCCCCGCUGCACGGCUCCGCGCCCGCGCUCGGAGGCGCGGUGGUGCCCGGGAUCCUGGCGCGGCCGGUCGCCGCCUAUGGCAUGUACUACUUAUCUUAG